UUUUUAUGGGCCUAAAGAGAAAAACAGAGAGAAUGGAUUGGCCAACGACGACACUCAUCUCCCGAAGAAUCUGUAAUCUUUUGGUUUUCUUCGUCAAACUAAACCACAAAAACCUCUCUACCGAUUCGGAUCACUCGGCGAUGAGACCCGACCCGACCAGACGCAGAAACAGAGCCUUAUCUUCUUCUUCUUCUUCCCCAUCAAAGACCCGACCCGGCUCCGGUGGAAAGGUGAAAACUUCGGCCACUGUAAUCGACCGGGAGGAGAUGGGUCUUUUCCCCGGGUCGGGUUACGAUGACCCGAAUCCAGAACCAAGGAGCUUUCCUUACAGUGUGAAGCAGCAAUGCUGGGAGAAAGCAGAGAAGAUUAAAGGGAGAGAUCCUGAGCGUUGGAGGAGAGAUCAUUUAGGGAAUAUUGUGUUUAGGAAACUCGUUGGUUGUCCUGGUUGCUUGUGCCAUGAUUAUGAUCACAUUGUUCCUUACUCCAAGGGCGGUAAGAGCACUCUGGAAAACUGCCAGGUUCUGCAGGCAAAGGUAAAUCGAUCAAAGGGAAAUAAAACCGAUAUUUCUAGAGCCGAGCUUAUCCAGAGGAGUUCUUAUUGCCGAGUUGCUGGCAGGGAUAUGGAUCUCCUUGAGCUAACAGCUUACGGGAAUGUACAGCGCGCACCUGAGUCUAGUGGAUGCAGGAUUCAAUGAUCUAUUAAUGGAAAACGAAGAUGAUAAAGUUUAUCAAUAUAAUUUACCCGGACAAGAUUCUGCAGAUUUUGUCAGUUCUGAUCUGAGUUAGUUGUACUCGUUAUCUCUCAAAUAUUGUGUACAAUGUAACAUUAGUUCAUUUAUGUAACAUACGGACACAAACAACAAAAGUGCUCAUGCUUCUUUCUAUUUAGCUAGCUCUACUCUUUUUCUGUUGUAUUUUUAUAACAUAGAAAAGAAUGCCUUCUCUACUA